AUGCUUCUGGAGAAUAUAGGGACAUCUGUUCUUGUUUCCGAAAAUCAGCUUCCUGAGCUUCAUGAAUUGAUGACUGAGGCUGCGGGUUUGCUAAACAUUGAGGCCCCUGACUUGUAUUUACGCCAAAGUUUCGUUCCCAAUGCAUUCAAUUUGUCAAUCAGUGGAAAGAAACCGUUUGUUGUUGUUCAUACAAGCUUGGUUGAACUUUUUUGUACUCGGUUCAUGUUGCUUUUUUUUCUCUGUAUUCACAUGCAGGCUGUUUUAGCUCGUGAAUUGGGUCAUUUGAAGUGUGAUCACGGUGUGUGGCUCACGUUUGCUAAUAUUCUUACUCUCGGAGCGUAUUCUGUCCCUGACUCUAUAUAUCUACUCUAUUUCGUUGUAAGGCUCGGCAGUUUGAUUGCUCAGACACUAGAAGAGCAACUCUUCCGUUGGAUUCGAGCUGCUGAACUCACGUGUGAUAGGGCAGCACUUGUUGUUGCUCGAGACCCUAAGCAAGCUCGCUCUUAUGAAAAGGCUUCUGCUAGCCCAAUCGGGUGGUAUAUAAGGAAUGCUCAAACGAGGCAACUUUCGCACCCUCUUCCGGUUCUUCAUGCUCGUGAGAUUGAUGAAUGGUCCAGGAGUUCAGAGUAUCAAUCUCUUCUUAAGCGUGUGAAGUUGGUCAACUCGGUUAAUGGCGUUUAG